GCAAACGAGUUGGAGUUAUACUCGCGUGAUCGUAAUCCUGGCUCUGCACUGCUGCGACUAUGGGGUAAUCGUGGACAAACCGUUAAAGACUUCUUGACGCAUCUUCACAACCUGGCCAAAAUUCACGGCCACUGCAUGGACAUACCGCAGUUGAUUCUGCGACGAAAAUUUGUACCACUCAUCUGGUCACGUGCUCAACAAAUAAUCGUAACACCAUUCGGCCAAAAAAGUGAUCUAUUGAAAUUGGUCUGUCACGCAAAAUCAUUUCCACAUCCGCAUUUCCAGUGGCUCGACGACGGUCGCGAGAUCGAUAACGAAACCACUGAUACGCUUAUCAUUCCGCGGUCAGUCACCUACAAAUCUAUUGUCCACCCUGAGAGCCGAUUGUGA